UCCUCAAGCAGCCUUGGGGAAGGGAAAAGGCAGGUCUAGGCGAGGCAGGGCGGAGCCGAGGGAGGGCUGGAGAGAGCCCAGCCCCCGACUAGGAAAUGAGACCGAGGAGGAAUCACACUUUAUAAGCUGGACACCCUCUUCCUCUUCCCAUUCCCUGGCCUCCUUCCAUCCUCCCGCUCAGCCUCCACCCCUCCCUGGCAGUCCCCGCGCCGCGCUUCCUGUGCAGCCGCCAGCGGCGCCCUCAGCCUGCCCAAGCCAGGAGCCCAGGUGGGAUCAAGGACUCCAGCCCCAGGAUGUUGACAGCACUGCUGCCUUUGUUGCUGCUCCUGCCCGGCCGGGCCCUUUGUAGCCAGGAAGCCUCAGAUGGCCAGCAGAAGCUCCACAUGCUGCACGUCUCCUACUUCCGCGAUCCCUACCACGUGUGGCACCAGGGCAACGCGUCGCUGGGCGGGCACCUGACACACACGCUGGAGGGGCCAGGCACCAACACCACGAUCCUGCAGCUGCAGCCCCUUCAGGAGCCGGAGAGCUGGGCGCUCACGGAGCGGCGCCUCCAGCAGUACCUGCAGCGCUUCCACGGCCUGGUCAUGCUGGUGCACCAGGAGCGGCGCGUGGCCUUUCCUCUGACUGUCCGCUGCUUCCUGGGCUGCGAGCUGCCUGCGGAGGGCUCCAAGGCCCACGUCUUCUUCAGAGUGGCCGUGAACGAGAGCUCCUUCGUGAGCUUCCGGCCGGAGACGGCCUUGUGGGAGUCGGGCCCUCAGACGCCCUCCAGUGUGAUCACCUUCACCCUGAAGCAGCUCAACAGCUACAACCAAACUCGGUAUGAGCUGCGGGACUUCCUGGAGGACACGUGUGUGCAGUACGUGCACCAACACUUGGCUGGGGGAAUCUUGAAAGGGAGCCAGACAGGCCGCUCCUACACUUCGCUGGUGCUGGGCGUGCUGGUGGGCAGUUUGAUCAUCGCUGGCGUGGCUGUCGGCAUCUUCCUGUGCACGGGUGGACGGCGGCGAUGUUAAUGGCUCUCCAGCCCCUCUGAGAAAAAGCUGGAUUGUCCAGGGCUGGCAAAGGAAGGUCUCAGCUCACUGCGAAGCCAGACGGACUCUCCAGCUGGGACAGCCUAUCCCAGAAGGUUUAGAUUGGCCACUCCUUUCUUCUCCCAGAUCUGUCCACCAAGGGUUUGGGAAAGGUAGGCAGAAGGCAAACUGGACAAAGUACCUGGAUUGCUAAGAACCUAAGAAUUCGCAUGUUUUGGCUGAAUUGCUCUGAGAAGUGAACACUUGUCUCUCUUCGUGGUAAAAAGAUGAUGGAGUUGGGGCAGGGGUUUAUGUCCCACCCUCCAAAGAUAGAAUCACCUGAGGCAUUCAGAGCACAGAACCAACGAAAACAAGUCGUCCACACGCAACAUAAACAACAUUCAGAGCUUCCAGAUGUGUUUGGGAAGGGACACUGGUAUGACAGAGGUAGGAAGAAGGAAUCAGACCAAUUGUGGAAGUGUAAAACCCAAUUAAUAUGGAACCAGCAAAUUAUUAAUUAAUAACAAAAUAAAUUCCUCAUUUAGACAUCAUUAUUUCCUCUACUUUGCAAAACUUCUGGAAAAGUGGCCUUUGCUUCCGCCUCAUUUCUCACUCUUCAAUCCACUGCCAUCUGACUGCUCUAUAAACUGCUCUAAGAUCCCUCGUAACCUCUGUCAGUGAGAUCUGCAAUUGUGUGGCCUGGAACUCCCUCCACCCUAACUUCUGAGAUCCUUCUGGAAUUUCUAAAGAUGAUUCUGGCUACUCUUUUGUUACCUUACUUAAUUCACCUUGGAAAUGGAAUUCUAUUUCUUGGCUCCUUUUCUUCGCCUUUAAACUCUACCCUCUCUGGGUGACCUGCUGAUUUCCAUGCUUCAAGAACCACCUCUCUGUGGUGGUUUCCUUGGAAAAGCAAUAUAACUUUAUUUUAUUUAUUUAUUUUUUAUUUUUUUAUGAAAGGGGGAGAGGAGGAAGACAGAGGAAGAGGGAGAGAGGGAAAGAGGGAGAGGAGGAGAGAGGAAGAAGAAGAGAGGGAGAAAGGGAGGGAUGGUGGGAGGGAGAGAGAGGGAAAAACCUAAUUUUAUUUUUAAGACUAUGUGCUUUGCCAUAACUCUUAAAUUUCACUUCUCUGAGCCAGGCAUUUAACUUCUUAUAAUUUCAGUUUCUUCAUUCACAAAAGGUAGAAUACAGUUGACACAAAAGGUAUAAGAAAAAUAGUACCUACCUCAUCAAGGUGUUAUGAGUAUUAAAUAAAAUAUGUAAAAUAAUAUGUGUAUGCUUAAUAAAUAUGAGGGAGGUUCAAAAGGUAAUGGAAAGAGUGGAAUUAAAAGAUAAUGGAGGGUGGUGUGGCAUAGUGGGUAAAGCUGCUGCCUGUGACGCUGGCAUCCCAUAUGGGCACUGGUUCAUGUCCUAGUUGCUCCACUUCCAACCCAGCUCCCUGCUAAUGUGCCCAGGAAAGCAGUGGAGGAUGACCCAAAUGCCUGAGCCCCUGCUACCUAUGUGGGAGACCUGGAUGAAGUUCCUGCCUCCUGGCUUUGGCCUGGCCCA